UCUCUCUUUACCAACCUCUACUACCCCUUUUUACCUCGUGUGAUCGUGUGCAUUAUCACUUUACGGGUGAGAGAAGCGUUUACCUUUAUCUUGACAAACUUUAGGGAAAUUAAUGCAAGUAAUUUUUUACAGUUGUUAAAAAAUUCUAAAUUCAACGCCUUUUCGUCCAAUCUUCUUGAUUUAAUCAUGGCGGUUCGAGUACAGUUCGAAAAUAAUAAUGAAGUCGGUGUCUUUUCUAAACUGACGAACUCCUACUGUUUAGUUGCAAUAGGAGGUUCUGAGAAUUUCUACAGUGUUUUCGAAGCUGAACUUGCCGAGACAGUACCAGUUGUUCACGUUUCAAUCGCAGGAUGUCGAAUCAUCGGAAGAUUGUGUGUAGGAAACAAAAAUGGUCUCCUUGUUCCUAACACAACUACAGACACAGAACUUCAGCACAUCCGAAAUUCACUACCAGAUUCGGUAAAAGUACAGCGAGUAGAGGAAAGACUUUCAGCACUUGGAAACGUGAUCGCUUGCAAUGAUUAUGUCGCCUUAGUACAUCCUGACCUCGACAGAGAAACUGAAGAAAUUUUAGCGGACACUCUAAACGUCGAAGUAUUCAGACAGACAGUCGCAAGUAAUGUUCUUGUUGGUUCCUAUUCCGCUCUAUCGAAUCAAGGAGGUUUGGUGCAUCCAAAAACAUCAAUUCAGGACCAGGAUGAAUUGUCUUCGCUUCUCCAAAUUCCACUCGUUGCUGGUACUGUGAACAGAGGUAGUGAAGUUAUUGCGGCAGGAAUGGUGGUAAACGAUUGGGUUUCAUUCUGUGGAAUGGACACGACCUCGACGGAAAUCUCAGUUAUCGAAAGUGUCUUUAAACUUAACGAUGCUCAACCAGCUGCAAUCACCUCCACCAUGCGUGCUUCUCUCAUUGAAAGUAUGUCGUGAAAGGAACAUUCAACACGAAACUACAUCUACCGACAUGAUUGUACAUAAAUGCUCGCACAAAUGUACACAGUUAUGCAAGGCGAUGAUACUUGUAAUAUUGUAAUUGAAUCUAUAAUAUUCUGUGACAUUUUCAAUAUAAUCUAAUGAGAAACUUGUGAAAUUUCUAAAAUUUGUCUUCUUCCGGGCUUCCCGCCUUUCCAUUUUUGACUUAUCUUUUGCGACAGGAAUGUAAAUUCUGUACAUUUUUUGCAUUGCAAUAAAAUUGCAAUAUUCAUUCUUUACGAAA